AUGACGCUGCUGCUGCUGUCGGUUCUCCUGCUGGUUCCACUGUGGACCAGCUGCUCGGGCGCCUUCCUCCCGUCGGACUGCAGCGACAUCCACGACCUGGACCAGAGUCGACCCAGUGGAGUGUACAUCAUCUACCCCAUCGGAGCCACGUCUGGUGUCCAGGUCUACUGUGACAUGGAGUCCCAGGGAGGCGGCUGGACGGUGUUCCAGAGGAGGCUGGACGGCUCGGUGAACUUCUACAGGACCUGGAACGACUACAAGACGGGCUUUGGUAACGCUGCUGGAGAGUACUGGCUGGGCCUUGAGAACGUCUUACAACUCUCUGUGAAGAAAAGAUACGAGCUGCUGGUGGACAUGGAGGACUUCAGUGGGAACCAGGCGUUCACUCGGUACUCCACGUUCUACAUCGAGUCAGAAUCCUACGGAUACAGACUCCAUGUGUCUGGGUUCUCUGAUGGAGGAGCAGGAGACUCCCUGACUUUUCACAAUGGACAGAAGUUCUCCACCUUCGACAAAGACCAGGACAGUCUGAUUUCAUGA